GACCAGAGAAGGGAAAGAAGAGGACUGAAGGAGGGUUCUAGGAGAGCAGCCAUGGAGAAGGAGGAGUUCAUGGCCCAGUUUGGGGAGGGAUAUGGAUACCCUAAUGCUCCCAAGAACAUCGAUGAGAUCAGAGCAACUGAGUUCAAGCGAUUGCAAGGGUUGGUUUAUCUUGAUCAUGCUGGGGCUACGUUGUAUUCGGAGUCGCAGAUUGAGGCCGUCGGAAAAGAUCUCACUUCCAAUGUGUUCGGAAACCCACAUAGCCUGAGUGAUUGCAGCAUUACGACCUCUGAUUUCAUUACCGCAGCUCGGCAGCAGGUUCUUGAUUAUUUUAAUGCGUCUCCAAAAGACUACACAUGCAUAUUUACAUCCGGGGCAACCGCGGCUCUUAAACUUGUGGGGGAAGGCUUUCCUUGGAGCAGAGAAAGCUGUUACAUGUAUACAAUGGAAAAUCAUAACAGUGCCCUUGGAAUUAGGGAAUAUGCUCUUGAGAAAGGAGCUACAGCUCUUGCUAUUGAUAUUGAAGAGGUCGAGUACCCAAGUAUACAAUCCAAAACUCAUGAACCUCGUUUUCAGUUUUUUAAACAUUCUUUGCAGAGAAGAGCUGAAGCCAAAUCUUCAAGCAGUGAUCUGAAUGGUCGCACGUACAAUUUGUUUGCUUUUCCUUCAGAGUGUAAUUUCUCUGGCAGGAGGUUUCAUCUUGACUUGGUGAACAUCAUCAAAGAUGAUCCCGUAAAAAGUUUGGGAGGGCUUUUGCAUGGCCGGGGAUCUUGGAUGGUCUUGAUAGAUGCUGCAAAAGGAUGUGCAACUGAGCCUCUAGAUCUAGCUAGGUAUCCUGCUGAUUUUGUUGUCUUUUCUUUCUAUAAGAUAUUUGGCUAUCCAACAGGUUUGGGGGCUCUCAUUGUUCGAAAUGAGGCAGCCAAGUUUCUUAGGAAAACAUACUUUAGUGGAGGCACGGUCUCUGCUUCCAUUGCUGAUAUUGAUUAUAUCAAAAGAAGGGAUUCUAUUGAACAAUUACUUGAAGAUGGCACUGUCUCGUUCCUGAGCAUAGCAUCAAUUCGUCAUGGUUUCAAGAUAAUUAAUACACUAACUCCCUAUGCUAUUGAUCGCCAUACAAGAUCCCUUGCUACUUAUGUGAGAAAUGCAAUGAUAGACUUGAGGCAUGAAAAUGGAAGAAGUGUUUGCAGACUUUAUGGAAGAGAUUUGACAAAGGUAUCACUGCAUGAUGUGGGUCCAACAAUUACAUUCAACUUGAAAAGGGCAGAUGGAUCAUGGUUUGGAUACCGUGAGGUUGAAAAAAUAGCUUCUUUGUCUGGCAUUCAACUGCGGACAGGUUGCUUCUGCAACCCUGGUGCAUGCGCUAAAUAUCUUGGUCUAUCUCACUCUGAUCUUCUUUCGAACAUAGAGGCAGGACAUGUUUGUUGGGAUGAUUAUGAUAUAUUAAAUGGAAAACCAACCGGUGCUGUUAGAAUAUCAUUUGGUUAUAUGUCGACAUUUGAGGAUGCCGAGAAAUUUCUCAGAUUUAUUGUAAGCUAUUUUGUUAUGAAACCAAAGUUUCUCGAGGAUAGAUACCUUUUGAAGACAAAGGAAUUUCCAUUUGUAGAAAUUGGAGGGAGGUAUUUGCAAACAAAUGUUCAUCUGAAAUCCAUCACAAUUUAUCCUAUAAAAUCAUGUGCUGGAUUUAGCAUGAGCUGCUGGCCCUUAAGCAGUACUGGUCUGCUCUAUGAUCGUGAAUGGCUUUUGAAAGGAUCAAAUGGUGAAAUUUUGACUCAGAAAAAAGUUCCGGAAAUGUGUUGCAUUGAGACAUUUGUUGAUUUAGGGCAGAGAAAACUUCAUGUGGAAUCACCACGAUGCAAUGAGAAAUUGCAAAUAUCUCUUAAUGAAAAUGCGGAAUAUGGUUUAAAUGAAGAAAUGGAUGUCUACGGCCAGAGAUAUAAAGUCCAAAACUAUGAUGGCAAAGUAAACACGUGGUUCACUAAAGCCAUUUCUCGCCCCUGUACCCUUGUUAGAUGUUCAAGUUCCAAUUACCGGCACUGUUUGAGAAAGGGUGGAAGAGAAGACCUGUGCAGAGAUCUACAGUGCCAAUUAAAUUUUGUAAAUGAAGCACAGUUAUUACUAAUUUCUGAAGAUAGUGUCAGCGACCUCAACGACAGAUUGAAAAGAACAGACAGCCGAGGUGUGACAACUGAGUUUUAUGAACCAGCUCCUAUAGACACAAUGAGAUUCCGCCCCAAUCUGGUUAUUUCAGGAGCAAAAUCAUAUGCAGAAGAUAAUUGGGCAAGUGUUCAAAUUGGGGAGGCACAUUUCGUUUCAUUAGGUGGGUGCAAUCGAUGUCAGAUGAUUAAUCUCCAUACAAAAAAUGGUGUAAUCCAGAAAUCAAAAGAACCAUUGGCAACUCUGGCUUCAUACAGGCGUACACAGGGAAAGAUCCUAUUUGGCAUUCUGUUGAGGUAUGAGAAUGGCAAUGUAGAGAAUGGGAAAGGAGACUAUGAAUAUGAAGCACAGGAAAACAGAUGGCUUCAGGUGGGACAAGAGGUGAUUGCCCGUCCAUUAGAAGCUAAACAUGACAGCUGAUAUGGUAAUAAAUCUUAUGAUAUAUAUUUGUGUGUUAUCUACAUGUGAUUAUAAGAAUAAUGUACUUUUUAUCUACUUUGUUUAUCUUAUUUACCAUCUUACAACUUAAUAAUGGUGAAAUGGUGUGAUAUAUGUAUAUUUAGAAUAAUUGGAAAUA